AUGUCACAAAACAAUGAAAAACGACAAAGAGGUAAAAAUUUCUCAUUGAAUGAGGAAUAUUUGCUAGUUGACCUAGUGGAGAAACACAAAUCCGUACUGGAAAAUAAAAAGUCAGAUGCAGUAACUUGGAGACAAAAAAAUGAAACUUGGGAGAAACUUGCUUCAGAAUUUGCAAGUCAGUCUGGGGUACAAAGAACGUGGAAAGCGCUUCGCGACAAGUACGAAAAUUUAAAAAGAAAGUCUAAAGUGGAAAUAGCUACCGAAAAGCGUGAAACCUAUCGAACAGGCGGGGGACCUACUGCUACGUCCAUAGUUUCAAAUAUAUCCGAAAAAAUUUCUUGUCUUAUUGGGGAAUCUGCUACUGGCUUGUGUAAUCUAUACGACAACGAUGGUAAUGGUAUGAUUAUUAUAUGUAUGUGA